UCAACUAUAAUAAAAUAAAAGAGAACCUUUACUUUGUUUUUUGUGUUUGACAUUAUUUUCUAUAAUAGUAGCCACUCCAUCCGAUAGGAAUGGCAGCGGUGGUUCUGUACGGCCGUCGUAGAGGAGCUAGUAAGAAUGAUGAAGCCAUUAGACCUAUGCAGCCACCAGACCUCCGACAUGUUACUGUCUUACGUAAGACUGAAUGGCUGAGGAUUCAAGAUGAACUGUGUGGGGUUAAUAAAGAAGAGAAGAGAAUAAGAGAGGCAGCUAAACAGCGAGAGAACCUACACCUGCAGUCACAGGAGGUGGUGAAACUUUGGCCUGAUACCCUCCAUGGACAAAGGCUGAAAAGGCUGCAGGAAAAGAAGAUUCGAAAGGAAAUUGAGGAGGAGCAAAUGAGACUGGCUGAUUUAGAAGAAGCUAAAUACCAGGAGCAGAGGCGGAAGGAGAUUAUUGAAAAAGCCAAGACUCAGCUCUACUGUCAAACCGACAGAGUCAAAGGACUACAUAGUGCACUCCUGCUGACAGAGGUGCUGAAGGAGAGGGAUGCUCAGAUUGAGCUUAAACAAAGAAGAAAGAGUGCCAAUAUAGAUGUGGACAAGGCAUUUCUGCAUAUGGUACAGACUAGAGAGGAUGAAGCCUCGAAACAGGAGCAGGAGAAGGCAAUGCAGAGGAAGCUUGUGAGACAGGUUGCUGUAGAAGACCUGAGAAACCAAAUAAAAGAAAAUGAGCUGUUGAGAGAGCGACAGAAGCUGGAGAGCAAGAAGGAUGGAGACGAAAUCCAGCGUCUCCAAGCGCUGCAUCAGCUGGAGCGAAGGAUGGAGGCAGAAAGACAAGCAAAUCAGAAAAGAAGCCUCAUGCAAGCUUGCCAGGAGCAUAUCACCAACAGAGACCUCGUAAGAGCCACGGAUGCUCAGAAACAGGAAGCUGAAGAGGAGCAAAGGAAACUGUUUCUCUCUACUAAGCAAAAAAUCAUCAAGUUACGCAAAGAAAAAGAAAAAGAGCUGCUUAGAGAGGCCCAGACACGUAGAGACAGGAUCAUAAACAAACUGACGGUCACACAGCAGGAGCAAGCUGUCAGCGAGGAGCAGAAAAUCGCAAAGGCUGUCGCAGAGAGCGAGGCAAAACAGGCGCAGCAGCAACUGGAGGAGGAUGAGAAGAAAGCUGCAAUGUUGAAGUCCAUCAGUGUACACAGAGAGCUAAUGAGACAAGAGAAGGAGGAGAAGGACAAAAUAGAGAGGAAGAAGGCCCAAGAAGCACUGCAGGCCAAGAAAGAGGCUGACAGAAUAUUUACUGAGAAGCAGCAACUAAAGGUUAAGAAAAUCAGAGAAGAAGAAAGAGAGGUGCAAGACUUCAAUGCUGCGCAAAUGGCUGAAAAAGGUGCCAGACUUCAGCAGCUGAGACAACAGGAACAUGAGUUUGAAGUGAAGAAUGCAGAACUCAUCGCUGAAGAGGAAAACCGCUUCCAGCAGUAUUCACAGCAAAUCAUCAAUGCUGCAGCAGAGGCUCAGCAAAACGUGUUUCCACUUUGUAAAGCUGCGAGGGAAGGGAUCGGAGGUGGGUCUGGUCCUGUUUUUAGUGGAGUCAGGCCAAGUUACCUUGUUCAGGACCGCACUGGAGCUCAGAUGCCCAAAUACGUGUCAUUGGCCACCCAGAACAUCAAAAAGCUUCACCAAGCUGUAGAUAUUCAGGAUGCCAAGAGAAGACUUGGAUUCACAUGGUGAUAGGUUACAUCCAGUUUGAGUGCACUUCCA